AUGAAAGAGGAUCAGAGAGGUCUCGUCUUUGGGAAUGGGAAGAGAAGUGUUGUUGCCAUCGAUGGGGGAAUAUAUGAAAAUUAUCCUCAAUACAGGGCUUAUUUGCAAGAUUCAGUCAUAGAGCUGCUAGGAACAGAAAAGUCAAACAAUGUGGUGAUAGAGCAUACUAAAGAUGGAUCUGGAAUAGGAGCUGCUUAUUUCUUUUUGGGUAUAAUAUAUUAUUUAUUUGAUUUGCAACCAACCAGGGAAUUGGUAGAGGCAGGGAAGGACAUAGAAAGUGCUUAUUGGGAAUUGGUUGUGAAGGACAUACAGGAUACUUGCAAACUUCUGGAGCCAAUUUACAAUGAAACAGAUGGGGAAGAUGGACAUGUAUCUCUUGCAGUUUCCCCAAAGCUAGCAAAUGACACCAAGGGGACAAUUGAGGCAGCAAAAUGGCUUCAUAAUAUGGUUGGAAGUCCGUGUGUUUACAUGAAAAUUCCUGCCACUGAUGAAUCCAUCUCUUCCAUGAAGGAGGUCAUUUCUCUGGGGAUAAGUGUAAAUGCCACUCUCAUAUUCUGCCUCCCUAAAUAUGAAGCAGUGAUUGAUGCUUACUUGGAUGGCCUUGAGUCUUGUGGCAUGACUCAUCUCUCUAAGGUUUCAAGUGCAGCAGCAUUCUACAUCAGUAGAGUGGAUGUUACACUUGACAAGAAACUUGAGCAAAUUGGUACUACUGAGGCUCUUGAUCUCAAAGGAAAGGGUGCGGUUGCUCAAGCAGUCUUAGCAUACCAACUUUACCAGAAAAAAUUUUCUGGUCCAAGAUGGGAACGCUUGGAGAAUAGAGGUGCCAAGAAGCAGAGGUUGAUGUGGGCUUCAACAAAUGUGAAAAAUCCAUCUUACCCUGACACAUUUUAUGUUAAUUCUCUUAUUGGACCAGAUACAAUUUCAACCUUACCAGUACAAGCUCUUCAAGCAUUCAUGGACCAUGGUAUUCUUUCAAGAACGCUUGAUGCAAAAGUAUCAGAGGCUCAAGACAUUUACAAUGCAAUUGAGAAGUUGGGGAUUGAUUGGAGUUCUGUUGGAUCAGAACUGGAACAUGAGGUGCUGGAUUCUUUCACAAAAAGCUUUGACAAUGUGCUUGAAUGCAUGCAAAAGAAGGCUAUGAACAUAUAUUCAUUUCAAAAGCACGUUUAAAAGACUAUGAACAUA